UGCCCCUCAGUGGUGGUGUGGACACUUCCUCUACAGCCUGCGUUGUCUACCCCAUUUGUGUGCUGGUCUGCCAGGCAGUCAGAGAUGGCAACUCCCAGGUGCUGGAGGAUGUUCAACGGGUAGUGAUGUGAUGUGUCCUACACCCCCACUGGAUCCACUGGAGCUGUGUGGACGCAUCUUCACCACCUGCUGCAUGGCCAGUGAGAACUCCUCGGUGGGAACCCGUAACAGGGCCAAAGAGCUGGCUGCUCAGAUUGGCAGGACCUGAGCCCUAGGACCAUGCCCCAGGACUACCUGACAUGAUGACUCCUUGCUGUCCCCAGUCCACCUGGCCAUGCUGCUGCUCCAGUUUCAACUGACCUGAGCCCUAGGACCAUGCCCCAGGACUACCUGACAUGAUGACUCCUUGCUGUCCCCAGUCCACCUGGCCAUGCUGCUGCUCCAGUUUCAACUGUUCUGCCUUAUUAUUAUUCGACCAUGCUGGUCAUUUAUGAACAUUUGAACAUCUUGGCCAUGUUCUGUUAUAAUCUCCACCCGGCACAGCCAGAAGAGGACUGGCCACCCUACAUAUGCUCUCUCUAAUUCUCUCUUUCUUUCUCUCUCUCGGAGGACCUGAGCCCUAGGACCGUGCCCCAGGACUACCUGACAUGAUGACUCCUUGCUGUCCCCAGUCCACCUGACUGUGCUGCUGCUCCAGUUUCAACUGUUCUGCCUUAUUAUUAUUCGACCAUGCUGGUCAUUUAUGAACAUUUGAACAUUUUGGCCAUGUUCUGUUAUAAUCUCCACCCGGCACAGCCAGAAGAGGACUGGCCACUCCACAUAGCCUGGUUCCUCUCUAGGUUUCUUCCUAGGUUUUGGCCUUUCUAGGGAGUUUUUUCUAGCCACCGUGCUUCUACACCUGCAUUGCUUGCUGUUUGGGGUUUUAGGCUGGGUUUCUGUACAGCACUUUGAGAUAUCGGCUGAUGUACGAAUGGCUAUAUAAAUAAAUUUGAUUUGAUUUGAGUACUAGAGAAUGUCAAUGUUUUUUAUUUUUUUAUUUCGAAUUUUCUGUCUCACAUUUUUAAAAAAUUCAGUGUUGUCUGCUUCAGUCCAACAUAAAAUAACAAAAAUAGUAUGUACCCCUCUCUCUAUUUGACCUUCACCUCAAUACCCCUCUAUUCUGCAGCCUAGCUGGCUACUUCACUAAGUAAGUAUGACUGCUCAGUAAGGCAGACCUGACAAGCUUCCUGCAGUACUGUGUCGAAAAGUUCCAGCUCACCGCAAUCAGAAGUAUCAUGGCUGCACCUCCCAUUGCAGAGCUGGAGCCCCUGACAGACAGCCAGGUGUCGCAGACUGAUGAGCCUGAUAUAGGGAUGACAUACUCAGAGCUGUCUGUGAUUGGCCGGAUCAGGAAGAUCUCCAAGUGCGUCCCGUACAGCAUGUCCUGCAAACUCAUCCGCACGUGGAGGGAGGUCCUCUCCCCUCCACAGGGGGCAGCCAAAGUGAAACACUUCUUCCAGAUGUAUUCUGUGAACAGACACAAAAUGACAACUGUGACACCAUCCUACCACACUGAGAGCUAUGGAUGGACCCGAUGACAACCGCUUUGACCUCAGGCCAUUGCUCUACAACACUCGCUGGUCCUGGCAGUACAGAGCCAUUGAUAAU